GUUAAGAGUGUCCCUUGUGGGCAUCUAGUCCACCUUGCACUCGUCUAUUUUCUUUCCGGUUGUUGUUGUUGUUUGUACUAGUCUAUUAUGAAUUUAAUACGUACCUUUCCACAAGCUGACCAAACUUAAGAUACAAGAAAAAGAAUGAGGAAGAAGAGCAUCAGCACAGAGAAAUUCUAUAUAUUAUAGGCGUUGGAAGCUUUGCUUGCAAGAGAGUUUUUGGAGAUCAUUGGGUGGAGAGAGCAAGGAUGGCAGAAGCAAAGGGAGUGAAGGUGCACGGGUUUUGGGCCAGCCCUUACUGUCUCAUGAUCCACCAUGCCCUUAAGCUCAAGGGCGUGGCCUACGAGUACGUGGAGGAAGACCUCCAGAACAAGAGCGAGUCGCUCCUUGAGCUGAAUCCGGUCCACAAGAAGGUGCCAGUCCUUGUGGUGGAUGGCAAGCCAAUAGCGGAGUCGCUUGUCAUCUUGGAGUUCAUCGAUGAGAUGUGGAAGGAACCACCCCUCCUUCCGGAGGAUCCCUACAAGAAAGCUAAGGUCCGGUUUUGGGCUGAUUUCUUCUACAAGAAGUUUGUGGCCGCUUUCUAUGCUAUCACGGAGUCUGAAGGCGAGGCACAGGAGAAGGCAACCAAGGAACUCAUAGAACACCUGGCCACUCUAGAGAAUGGCUGUCGAAAGGACUUAUCAAGUAAAGGCCCAUUUAUCAACGGAGAGAAGCCUGGCCUCCUCGAUGUGAUAAUCGGCUCCAGUUCUUCAGGAUUUAGGGUUCUCGUGGAUCUUGUUGGAAUGGAACUAUUGGAGAAGGAGAAGUUGCCACUCCUGCACUCCUGUGUAGCUUCCUUCGUAGACCUUGAGGUGACCAAGGACACGGUUAUUCCCCAUGAAAAGAUGACCGGCCUCAUCCUUGCCGUGAGGGAGAAGGCUCUUGCAUCUGCUCCAAAGUAACCUAUUUCUUUGGCCAAGCAUGAGAAUGUUUACCUUCCCUGAGUUGGCAGCGCGCAUGGAUGCUCUCAGCUUUAUUGCGAUGUUUGGUUUCAGUACUUUGUGGACUUUUUUAUUUCCUAAGAUAAGAGCUGUGUUUGUUUGUUUUUGUGAAGUUGAGUUUUGGUAAUGUUACGAAUAAACUAGUAAGCAUAAUAACAAAUCUAAGUCCCGUGUUUUUUUCUUUUA